AAGCAGCAAGCGAGAGAAGCGCUGGCGGGGUUACCAAGCGGGACUUGGAGAGCCGGUUGUCCACCCACUUGCACGUCGAUACUAUCUGGCGGCGGCGGCCUCAUGGACACCUUAUAACCCUAUAUAAAGGGUGGCCAUGGAGUAGGUGGGGGAGACCAGACGGCGUGAGCGCCCAGGAAAGGAGAGAGCACGGGAGAAACGAGCCGGGGCAGCAGCCGUGCAAAGCAAGGCUCCUCAUCUCACCACCGCUGCGGCCAGCAUAUCUCCAACGAGGAGAAGGGAUUCCGCCCGUGCAAAGGGGGACUGAAGCAACUGGAGGCAGGGAGUAAACUAGGAAGGUGGCUCCAUUUUCCUCCGUCCACUCGUUUAUCCUCCGAAGUGCAAUGUGCUGCAGACUCAUAAGGUCUCCCGCGCUGGUGGGGUUGGUGCUGGUGAUGCUUUCGGCGGGACAUUGCAAAGAGAGAUCCAAAUCCAGCGCAGGGCUGAAGGAAAGGCAAAACCUCUUAAACUUGAUCAUGGAGAUCAUUCAGGAACUGAGAAAGUACCACCUGGAGGACGACGAGGAGAACGGAGUUCAGUACAAGCAAGACUUUCUUUUGGACCGAAGGGAAGUACCCGAUUAUGGAACGUACUCAGAAGAACAGAGAGUUGAAAUAGUUCCUAGAGAUCUGAGAAUGAAAGACAAGUUUUUAAACCACUUAACAGGUCAUCUUUAUUUUGGUCCAAAAUGCACUAAACACUUUCAUAGACUCUACCACCAUACAAGAGACUGCACCAUCCCUGCAUACUAUAAAAGAUGUGCCAGGCUUCUUACUCGGUUGGCAGUAAGUCCAAUGUGCAUGGAAGGAUAAGAUGCUACUACUAUCAAGAGAAAAAACUGUAAUCAAGAACCAAGAGAAGUGCCUUGGAAACCAACAGGGAAAUUGAACUUACCAUCUUUGUAACAUAUUCCAUUAUGAACAAGAGAUUUAUUUUUGCAAAUUGAUACGGGACUACUUCCCAUAAAUCUUUAAAACAUGUGUUUUCUAUACUGUCCCACUAUUUACAAA